CAGAAAGUUCGAGAACGCCCAUCCCUAAUAAACAAUUUGCGCGACAUUAAAAAUUCUAGAACACGCUUAAACUACUGUUUAACAGUUAAAUGCAUCUUUUUUCAUUGAAAAAAUAACUAUCAAAGCACUGAAAAAGUGUAGUUUUUCUGAUAAAGCCAAAACUUUGGUUGAAGUCCAGCCGGCUCUCUCAAACACUUGGAAGCGAUCCACGUGCGCUAGCAAUUGUUUAUCCCAAUUCCAUAUCUUAAGCAAUUUCAUCACAAAAUCUAGUGAUAAUGGUGGCUGAGGAAUUCAGUGAAUACUAUAUUUGCAAUUUCAACGAUGCGGUGGCAGUAGAAGAUCUGCCAGCCGAUGAGCAACUGCGUCAGCUGUGGACCAGCCAGAAACUGUGGACGGUUGAGGAUCUUCGGGAGAUCCUUCAACGCUGGCGCGAAAAGGGCAAAGCCGAUGAUCCCGCUGCACAACUGAAGGAUUUCCUGCUCCUGGUCUUUACUUUUGUUCAAAACAAUUUUACUGGACCCUUUGACAAGCUUGAAGAUUUCCAGCAAAUUCAUAGUCAACUAAACCUGGAGGAACUGGAUGCCCAGGAGAAGCUUAAGGCCAGCGGCGAGGAGCUGAAUCCGAAUGUGAAGACUGCAGAACUUUUACUGGCGGCCAGGGAUAUACUUCAGGGAUUGCUAGAAAACCACCCAGAAUCCAAGGUGCUGACUUGGUGGCACCUACGACUGAUCUGCCUGCACCAGCACGUCCUGGAUGAUCUGGCGGCCUCACUUUAUGAACAGUUCAAGGCAGCAGCUGGUCAUCUUCAGGCUCAGAUUAACCAGUUUGAGAGCAGAGAACUGCAGUCCCUGCUCCUACUCGAGUUGGCUAAUGGCUAUCUGCAGUUUCACCGGUCGGAGAUAGCCUCCCAAUUGCUGGAUGACCUAUGUAACCAUCUUCAGGUGGAGCUCAAGGUCGAGGGCUUGCUGGGAGUACGCACCAAGUUCCAGCAAAAGGCUCUCCCACAGCUUUGCCUCAAGGUGGAGCACCUAACGGAAAAGCAAACCCUGCCUGCAGCUAUCCUUACAAAUGAGAAGACCAAGCUGCCCAAGCUGCUUCUUCUGGAGGACGACACGCGACUGGAGCGAAUACGCUUUGUGGAGCUCAAGGACAACGAAGUGAUGACUUUGCCCAGUGUGCUGCAAGCUCUGGUCUUGGCCAAGGUAAAACAACUAAAACGCUCGCAGCCCAAAGAUCGCCUGGCGGAUGAGCAACUGGAGCCGUAUACACAAACUUUGAUCUACCAGGAGCACGGCCCUUUCCAAGUGCGCCAGGCUGCCCUGCUUCUGAACUGCCUGCAGGAAUCUGGCCAGCGGAGAACCGUCGAACGCAGCUGGAAACAGUGCGAGGAGUGCGUCAAGCUGCUGGACAGCUCCGAGGAGGAGCUCUCCCUUCGCUCUCGGCUGUCCUAUGGCUUCGCAGCCCACCUUCUGCCCAAAUGGCAGGUGCAGUUGCAACUUGUGGACCUACUGCGGUCCCUGGGCAUGACCAAGACCGCUCUGGACAUCUGCCUUCGCAUACACGCCUGGCAGCAGGUCAUCGAGUGCUACACGAGUCUGGAACUGCGCCACAAGGCGGCGGAGAUUAUCCGCCAGGAGCUGGAGAAGAAACCUACUGCUCUGCUUUAUUGCCUUCUUGGCGAUGCUAUCGACGAGCCCAAGUUCUACGAGGAGGCAUGGCUGUAUUCCAAGAAAACCAGUGGCAAAGCGCAAGCCUAUUGGGGGAACUACUUUUACAGGAGUGCAGAUUAUACCCAGGCCAUGGAGCACUUCGAGAUCUCGCUUGAGAUAAAUAACCUGCAGGAGGCUAUCCUUUUGCGCUGCGGCUACUGCGCCAUCCAACUGGAGCGCUGGGAGGCGGCUGUUAAAUAUUACCUGGCUUACACUCACCUGGAGCCCAAUGGCUUCGAGUCCUGGAACAACUUGGCCAAGGCUCUGAUUAAAUUGGGUGACAAACAGCGGGCCCAUCGUGUUUUGGGUGAAGCCCUGAAGUGCAACUACAGCAACUGGAAGGUUUGGGAAAACUAUAUGCUCGUGUCCGUGGACACUUCCCACUGGGAGGAUGCAAUGCGUGCGUACCAGCGAAUGUCGGAGCUGAAACAGCACUACCUCGAUCAGGAGGUGCUCACCCGCAUAGUCUACGGCAUUUCCAAGGAGGAUCCCGCCGGCGCAGGCACUCUUAUCAAGAGACUCAUAAAGCUGCUGGGACAACAGAGUAUCCAGCACGGAAAUGAGCCUCUAGUUUGGGAACUGGCCGCCUUGGUGGCUCCAACACCGCUGAAAAAGGCAGAGAAACUGGUAAAAUCCUAUCGUGCGUAUACCCCUAAACAUUUGGGCUGGGAAACAAAGUCGGAGCAUGCCCUCAAAGCUCUGGACCUUUGCUUGGAGGUCUGUGAACUCUCAGCGGCGGCCAUCACAGAGCACAUUCAGGAUGAGAGUGAGGUGAUGAUAACCUCUCAGCUUAAUUCCGCGAGAUUGGCGGGCACGUCUUGUUUGAACGCCCUGAAAAGAGCCAUCAAUGUGGAUGUGCCGGCAGAACAGACGGAGAAGGUGGAGCAGCUGGAAAAGAAGAUCGAAGAUCUGACAAAAAUAGUACAGGAGCGAAUGAAUGUGCCUAGAUCUUAGAUGUCAGCUUUUCUUGACUUUUUUUUAUAAUUUAGAUCUGUAAUAAUUUGUUACCAACAAAUAAAGACCUAAUUUAUAUUACAGAGAA